AGAGAUAACUGUUGAAUAUAAUUUUGGUUUAAGCAUUUUCUCAUGUAUUACACCUAUACCUGAGAUAGGUAAGGACGAAAAAAAUUUUCAUGACAAUUUGUUAUCUUUUCUUAUUUCGAGGACAAAGGACUCCACGUUCUUUGUUCAUUAUAGUUCGUAAAAAUUUAGCAAGAAUAAUAGUAUUGGGCAACAUAAAGACUUGUUUGAAAUUUUGAUCAUGAAAAAGCCAUUAUUAUCGCCUUGCAAUCAAUACAAGAUUUUAUAGAUGUGGAGACUUUUUAAUGCCCCCCUUCCUGGCAAUGUUAAAUUUUUAAGGCUCCAACACUGAUUGUGGGGACCAAAAUUUAAUACCUGUCCACUAAUUUAUGUCUAAGAUCGUGGUUGAGGUUUUCCUCACCUUGCUUUUUUUUCGUUUUAUGUGAUCUUUAAAUUAUGAACACAAAAUAUUUAAGAACCCAGAGCAGAAACUGUGUUUACCUAAAAAAAAAAGGAUAUGCAUUGUUUCGUAGUGUUAAAAUCACAAAGAAAAAAGCAAAAUGACUGAGAAAUGGGACAUCAUGAUAUCCUACCAUCAAGCAUCUGGUAUGAAGUAUAUGAAAAAGAUAAAAACAGCAUUAUUACAAAAGGGUUACUCUGUUUGGGUUGAUGAGGAUCAAGUUUAUGGUAAUUUAGGUGAACGAAUGUCAGAGGGAGUUGCGCGUUCAGAGCUAAUACUUUUAUUGUUAUCCAAAGGUUAUGAAGACUCUAAAAACUGUCAGAAGGAAUAUAAUUUGACCAGUGCUCAACAUAAGAAAGCUAUUUGUGUUAUGGUCGAAGAAGGUUAUAAACCUCCAUCAGACCAUAUACUCAAUUUGAUAAAGGGGAGUAAUAUGUACUAUCCACUAUACAAAGAUGACGAUGACGCAUACUUCCACAAUCUUCUAAAAGACAUCUCAAAACAGUUAACCAAAGAAGGUAAAACAGACAACUUACCAUCAAGUUCUUCAAAUGGAGACAGUGUAGGUUCAAAACCGCAAAGUUCUACUGAUAAAAAUGCAGAAGAAUUAACACCAGCUUCCUCUCCAAGCAAAGACAAAGGAGAUGCUCAAAGACCACAUUCAGACAAGGGUACGCCUAAGAAAAAUUCAGAAGAGGAUGAAUUUUUAGACAAAUGCAUGAUAGCUUACUUAACAGAGAAAUGGUUCAUGGAGAAUACGGAGCAAGUAUUGGAUAAAAAACAAGAUUUCGCUUUUCAACUAGGUUUAAAAGAUGAAAAAGUGGGGAAGAUAUUUAGCACCAAUUUUCGAACCCAGAAUCCCAUCCUGGAAUGCGUUUGCAGUAAAGCCUUCGAAACUAAAUGUUCGAAAGAACAAUUGUUGAGUUCUGUUAACGAAGCUUUUGAGAAUUCUGGAUUUUCACACGAAAUUACAGAGGAAGAAAUUAGUGAUGGUCCUUUUAAAAAAAUAGAAACUGGUGGCUCUACUAUCGAUUUAAGCACUGUCAGGAAGCGUAAUAAAUUCUUCCGUGACAUGGCUAUAUGGUGUGGUGAUGAAAACAGAUAUGUUUUGCAUUUCUUGGUUCCUUAUAUGAUCGUAAGAAAUUGCUUUUUGAAUCAACCGAAUAGUGUUGAAGAUAGAACUGUGGCAACUCUAAAGCAAUGGACGGUGAAAACGAAGAAAGAAAAUAUCACAUGGGGGAGAUUUCGAGCCUUGUUAAAUUUUUUAGGCAGAGAGGAUGUGGUUCAUGAAUUAGUUGGCGAGAAAUAAGGAUAAAUUAUGCACUUCCCUGAGUUGUCUUUGUGAGAAAUAAUGGUAUGCGCAAAAACAAAUGUGAUAUGCGUAUAAAAGUUGAAUUUCUAGAUUUUUCACGGGCUAGGGACUUUUCAUCUAUAUUUACUUUUAGUUAGAUAUAUAUUCGCUUCAGUAAAAAGGAAAUAUUUAGUUUGAUUUAGUUCUCGUUAACAUAUCGGCGUAUAUGCGCAUACUUCGCUAUUAAUACUACAUUUUUUACUAUAAGGGCAGAAAUUUUUGCGUUUUUCGCAUUUUUGGCCCUUUUUUGCGAAAGUUUUUGCCUUUAGAAAUUUCAAAACAGCAAAACGCAAAGUUUUUUCACGCGUAUUCGAAACCAGUUUAAAAAUCGUGAAAGUUUUUUCACUCGAAAUAAUCUUUUUUCUCCAAGCAAAUUUAAAGCCACUUUCUGAAAUUCGUAGUCUUGUUCAUCUUUAUAACUCAAGCUGAAGUCCAAGUAUGCUAUUGAUUGGAUUAAUGUCUACUUUGACCCUAAAAGGAUUUUUAUCAUCGUUUAAUGCACCAUUAUUUGUUUAUUUUUUUUAAAUAUGUAUAGCUACCAUUCACAUUUUGUAUGCCCGCAAUUUUUAAAUUUUGUUAUUUUAAAAAUUAAAGAAGUUUUUAAGAUAUUUUUUUACCUUAUGUUUUACAGGAUGCAUAUGUUAUUUUUAUAAACCUUAUUUUGCUGGCAUUGGAACCUCCAAUACAUUUAGAGGAUAAAUUUUGUCGUGUUUUUAAUUUACUGGUUGCCUAAAUUAGCACUUUAAAUUAAUGUAUGGAUUUAAUUUGAAAACUUUGACUCUUAUCAUUUUGUUUUAUUUUGGUAAUCCAGACAAAUUCUCACAUUUUCUAUCAUCAGUAAAUCCAAAACUGUAAACUACAUUUAAAUGUAUACCUUUAAGGAAAAUGGAUUAACAUAAGAAUAUACCUAAAUGCUUAGCAACCCUAUUAAAUUUUCGCAUUUAAGCUCUACCUGUGUUCAUUUUCGCACCUUCAAUAUAUUACUAUAUAUCAUUUAAAGCCGAGGUGGCAUAAAAUGUUUUAUUUUGUAAAAGUUAAUGUUCAAAGUUAUUUUUUAUACUUUUAAAUGAAUUUCUGUAUUUUUUAUUCCUUUGUUGAAUUCAAAGCAGAAGAGGUUAAUUUGCUUAUUGUAUGUUCAAAUAAGUUGCUCGUCGUUUUUGUUUUCGUUUUUCGCUAGCAAUAGAAUUUUGUUUUUGUUUUUGUAACGAUUCUUUAUCUAUUUCGUACAUAUUUGUUAUAUUUUUUUAAAAAGAAUGUAUUUUUUACAAUUUUUUGGAAUAUGCUUGUUUAUUUUAUUAAAAUGAUUAGAAAUACAAUUGUCUGGUUGUAAUAAUUUUUAGGAAUUGCAUUUGUAAAUUUAAUUUGGCACGAUAUUAUACUCACUAUUUUUAAUUUUUGAUUUCGAAUCCGAUUCGAAUAAUUAGAAAUAAUUUAGUUCUCUUUUUA